AUGGAUUCAGGCUCACGUCUGCCAUCUCUGACUGCAUUGUUCUUCCUUAUUUUCAGUGCCAAGGAACAAGACGCCAAGUGUGAGCCGAAGACCGACAUUGCGUUCAUCAAGACCCACAAAACAGGUGGCACGACUGUGAUGCAGAUACUCCACCGUCUGGGCUACCUUCGCAACAGCUCGUUCCUCCUUCCGCAGACCGACAUCAACAACCUGUACCCAUACGGACUGUUCAACCCGAAACUGUAUCUCCCUCCAAUACAGCACGGCCACGGCAUCCUAACCCACCACACCGUCUACAACAGGCCGGCUAUCACAAAACACCUUUCGGAAAAUUCAACGUUUUUCACAAUCAUACGGGAACCUCUAAGUCAUCUGAAAUCCACAUUUAGUUUCUACAGACUCUCCAGACUUAUGGAUGACUAUGAGAGUACAGACAUGGAGGCAAUGCUAACGUUCCUAGCAAACCCCGGGCGGUAUGACACCACGUUUAACACCAAAUCCCCUGGUCGGCCUGUUUCCUUCACGAGAAACCCCAUGGCUCUCGAGCUCGGGUUUCCUGUCCACAAGUUACAAAAUACCACAGCAAAUCCGAGUUCUGAAGACAUCAAGAACUUUCUCCAAAGCCUCUCGCGAGAGUUGGACUUAGUGAUGGUCAUGGAGUACUUCGAGGAGUCGCUGGUGUUGCUGAGGCGGUUGAUGUGUUGGGACCUGAGGGACAUUUUGUACCUCAAAUAUAACAGUUACGAGUACGGCAACGUUACCGUUCCACCGGGCCUCGUGGACAAACACAAACGGUGGGACUCAGUAGACUACGCCCUGUACGAACAUUUCAAUAGGACAUUGUGGGAAAAGAUCCAAAAGGAAGGCAGCGACUUCACACAGGAGUUAGAUCACUUCAGAGUUGUUGAAAACAAAGUUAGGACACACUGUACUUCUCCUAAAGAUAAAUUACCAACUACUGUGGAGGGUAGCCCGUGGAACACGCAAUUUCAGAUUGACUCUGCACUCUGUACUUGGCUGAAGACGUCCCACAUGUGCUACUGGACAUUAUUGCGUGAUAGAAGCUUAAAAUUUCACAUAUCAACUGACCAAAGAAAGACCCCUCCUCUGAGGAAAAAGCCGGAUUUGUUCUAUGUGAAGCUGUCCAGGAAGUUACGUGUGUCUUCAGGUAUCCAUUCCCCACCCUUCUGUCUGUUGUGUGGAGAAGUGCAGAAGUACUGCAGUGACCAUGAGUACGUGUCACACCUGUAUCAGGAAGGCCACAUCUCAUCUUUACAGUCAAGUUCUAACCGUUUGGAACUGCAGGGAGGGUGGCAUGGUGGGGAUCCUCUACCUCCUGCUUAG